UUAAGGCAAACUAAGAUAUUAAACAAUUUACAACCUCAUCCAAAAAUCAGAGCGCGCAGUCAAAGCUCUGAUUUUUCCCAACUAUGGCGGUCUCCUCUAAAACUCUGCCAAUUCCUCCAUCACCAGAUUCCCAAAACCCUCUCCAUAACAACACCCAUAAACCCAAAAUCCUUUCUUUCAAUCUCCACAACCAAACCCAUCACCAUUCUCUUAAGAAACUUUCUCAAUUCUCUGUUCUAAACACUGAUUCUAGUAAUUCAAACACCCUCAACUUUAGCUUACGUAUAACUGAAUUAUGCUUCAAUGGAAGUUUAAAUGAAGCAUUAAAGCUCCUAGAUUCAGCAAUAGGACUCAAUCUUCCCGUUGAAAAUGAUGCCUUUAUUGCUCUGCUUAAGCUAUGUGAGUGGAAGAGAGCAGUAAAUGAAGGUUUACAGGUUUAUUCACAUAUCUGUAGCUCCAUGACAAUGAAAAGUUUUGAAGUUCGUUUAGGAAAUGCACUUUUGAGCAUGUUUGUAAAGUUGGGUAAUCUAAAUGAUGCUUGGUAUGUGUUUGGAAAAAUGGAGGAAAGGGAUUUGUUUUCAUGGAAUGUAUUGGUUGGUGGGUAUGCAAAAAAUGGGUUCUUUGAUGAGGCUUUAAAUUUGUAUCAUAGAAUGUUGUGGGUUGGUGUUAAGCCUGAUGAGUAUACUUUCCCUUGUAUUUUGAGAACUUGUGGGGGAAUACCUGAUUUGUUAAGGGGUAGGGAGGUUCAUGUUCAUGUAUAUAGAUAUGGGUUUGAGUCUAAUAUUGAUGUGCUUAAUGCUUUGAUUACAAUGUAUAUGAAAUGUGGUGAUAUUUUUAGUGCACGUUUGGUGUUUGAUAAAAUGCCUAAAAGAGAUAGGAUAUCAUGGAAUGCUAUGAUUUCAGGGUGUUUGGAAAAUGGAGAGUGUUUGGAGGGGUUAGGAUUGUUCUUGAUUAUGCGCAAAGCUGGGGUUUAUCCGGAUUUGAUGACAAUGACGAGUGUAGUAUCGGCUUGUGAGCUUGCGGGUGAUGAAAGGAUUGGGAGGGAGGUUCAUGGGUAUAGUAUAAUCAGUGGUCUUAGUGUUGAAGUUUCAGUUUGUAAUGCAUUAAUCCAAAUGUAUUCAGGUACUGGGAAUCUGGUUGAAGCAGAAAGAAUUUUUGCUAGUAUGAAUUAUAAAGAUGUGGUGACAUGGACCUCAAUGAUAUCUGGUUAUCAAGAUAAUGGUUUUCCUGAAAAAUCUGUGGAGACUUAUAAAUUAAUGGAGAUUGAAGGUAUCUUGCCAGAUGAAAUCACUAUUGCUAGUGCCAUAUCCGCGUGUGCUUCAUUGAGUCUUCUGGAUAUGGGUAUGAAACUUCAUGAUUUAGCUGUUAGAACUGGAUAUAUUUCAUAUGUGAUAGUUUCCAAUACUCUUAUUGAUCUGUACUCUAAGUGUAGAUGUAUUGAUAAGGCUUUGGAAGUGUUCCACCAAAUUAAAGAGAAAAAUAUAAUAUCAUGGACUUCUAUAAUCUCUGGACUUCGUCAAAAUAACAGGAGCUUUGAGGCGAUAUUUUUCUUUCGAUUCAUGAAACUUUCUUUGAAACCUAACUCUAUCACUUUGGUUGCUGCCCUUUCGGCAUGUAGUAGGAUUGGAGCUUUUAAGUGUGGAAAAGAGAUCCAUGCAUAUGCCUUAAGAACCAUGUUGGCUUUUGAUGGAUAUGUACCAAAUGCAGUCUUAGAUAUGUAUGUUAGGUGUGGAAGGAUGGAACUUGCAUGGAAUCAGUUUAAUGGAUGCUGCAAUGAUAUUGCUGCAUGGAAUAUCAUGCUCACUAGUUUUGCAGACAGAAAGCUGGGGGUACUUGCUGUGGAAUUCUUUCAUAAAUUCUUAGAUUCAGGUAUAGAGCCAGAUGACAUUACAUUUAUAUCAUUACUCUGUGCUUGUAGUAGAUCCGGUCUGGUGGCUGAAGGGCUGGAGUAUUUUGACAACAUGGAGAACAAAUAUCAUGUUUCACGGAAUUUGAAGCAUUAUGCGUGCGUAGUGGAUUUGCUUGGGCGUGCUGGUAAUUUGGACGAUGCCUAUGCAUUCGUUCGGAAAAUGCCUUUUAAGCCAGAUCCAGCGAUAUGGGGAGCAUUAUUGAAUGCUUGUAGGAUUCAUCAGAAUGUUGAGCUUGGAGAACUUGCAGCACAAAAAAUCUUUGAAGUUGAUAAGGAGAGUAUUGGAUAUUACGUACUUUUAUGUAAUUUGUAUGCUUUCUGUGACAAAUGGGAUGAACUUGCUAGACUGAAAAAGACAAUGAGGGAGAGAGGUCUAAUCGUUGAUCCGGGAUGUAGUUGGAUAGAAGUGAAGGGGAAAGUACAUGCAUUCCUCAGCAAUGAUGAGUCUCAUCCCGAGAUAAAAGAAGUGAAUGCCGUACUGAAAGCCUUUUAUGAGAAAAUGGAAACCGCUGGAGUGAACGAGGCUGAGGACCUAGCUGAAAGUCCUUCAAAGGCUGAGGUAUUCUGUGGCCAUAGUGAAAGACUGGCCAUAGCAUUUGGUCUUAUCAAUACUGCCCCAGGAACUCCUAUUUGGGUCACAAAGAAUCUAUACAUGUGCAAAAGCUGUCAUAAUGUUGUAAAGUUUAUUUCCAAAAAUGUCCGGAGAGAAAUAUGUGUUAGGGAUACUGAACAAUUUCAUCACUUCAGGAAUGGUGUUUGCUCCUGUUGUGAUGAGGGCUAGAAAGAAAUACACUAGUUAUACCCUCAGGAACUUGUACUUGUACAUGUAAUGACUUCACACUUGUCUCAAUAUGCUGCACUUUUAAAGACUUCCUUUGCUUGUAAGUGGUUGUAACGGGCUAGGGAUUGUGGGUGAGCCGAUACUGUCUACAUCUAGCUCAUAUAUUCUACGAAUCUUUGCUAGCGGCGAACCUUGCUACCUUCAAUUUUGGAAAUGGCUUUUGUUACCCGAGCUGAUUACUACAUUGGGACGAUGUAACAAAUAGGUGCAUAUAUGGUGGUAACCCGAGCUCUUCUGUAUUUCUAUAAUUCAACGUUCCCCAUCGAUCCCAAAGCACUGCAUUUAGGCCUCGACAGUCCACCACUCUUACAUGUCGAAGUGGUGAUCUUUGUUUGCAUCAAUAUUCAAGCUGACAGAAUUCGUAAAGGUAAACAGACUUGUUUUUUCUCGACUCUUGUUGAAUUCGACACUUCCUUUAACCUUCGAGUCAGAAUAGAUGUUGCAACAAGACCACCCUCUUCAUAUGAACAACACAAGGUUGAUGCUGGGAACAAUGCUGAGAACACAAGCAAUGAAGACACAAGCAUUGAAGCUCAACCUAGCCCAGCCCAAGCAAAUGAAGCUGAUGAACAAAGAGCUGAGGAACAAUUACUCAGUACUAUGAAUAUACAUGAUACAACCUUAAGGAAAGCAUACAUAGUUCUGUAUCUGGAAGAGGAGGAAUAAGGAACAACUUGGUGUUACCAAACGCAAACAGAAGACCCAGCACAAAAGGCCCAGCAGACCUUCAAUCUUUCUGUAUAAGGCUUUUGUUUUCUGUUAUAGCCGUUAAGAUUUAAGCGCUUUUUUCUUGAUUGUUAUAGCCGUUAGAGGAUGAAAGCCAAAUCUAUAAAUAAGGCUCUCCUCACAAAUUGUAUGCAGUUCAUUCAUUCAUCAACGUUUAUAGUAAUUCAAUUCAGAGAACAAAGUGUUUGUUUCA